CAAACUAAAGAAUAGAGAGAGAGAGAGAAAAAAAAAAAAGAAAAAAAGAUGAGAAGAUAAGGGAUGGAGAAUCGCAGGUGAGAGAGGUGUAGGAUGGAAACUCUAAGAUGCUUUGGAGUCUUUAACUCACCUUCUUCGACGCCAUUUCUCCAUCGCUCCCAGCAUAAUCUCAGCUCGAUCAACAAUCUCCCAUCAACAGCCAAAAGGGCAAACUGCAGCUGCUUGCCGGCUUUCCUCGCGGCCGCCGUUCUCUUCUCUUCCCCCGUUCCACCAGAAGAAACCCUAGCCAAUAUCCCCCAAACGCUUUCCGGGGAGGACGCGAGGCAAACGCGAAUUCAGCGGCCGCGCUCCAAAAAGGCCGAGUCUUGUACUGCUAAGUGCGUUGGCACUUGCGUCAGAGGCGGUGCCGGUGAAGGCAUCCUUAAUAUCAGGAGGCCUCUGGUUGUUUUCAAGAAAGGAUUUAGAAGCCGCCAUUACUGACAUUUGCAAUCUGAUCAAAGAUGGAGACGACGGUCCUUAAAAAUCUCAACUUUGCUGCGUGGUCAGCUCCUGGUGUUAUCAGUUUAUCAUUAUACUUUUGUUUUUAUAGUAAAAUUGUUGUAACUCUGAGUAUUAUAGAUUUAAAAAAAUGUUGAGAUGCAUCUUUCUUAUGAAAAUCUUAUUCUCAUUAUAGAAAUUUUAAAAAAUUGUAUCCAAAUAAAAUUAUAAUAUCAAUAUGUGAGUCAUAUCAAAUAGUAAGAAAGACAAGUUGUAAUUUGAUCCUUUUUUUAUUUCUAGUUCACAAGUUAUAACAUUGCAAAAUUUAUGCGAUC